AUGAGAAAUACCUGGUUGAAUCCUCAAAUCUGGCGGGAACUCGGGUAUGAUAUAAGAGUCGUCUUCCUCCUUGGAAACCCGGGUGAUAUCGAUUUGUCAGCGGAAACACGCGUACAUGAGGAUGUUCUUAUCCUCGACUUUACCGAAUCACACUAUAAUUUACCCUUCAAGGAUAAAGCGUUCUUACAGUUCUUUGCGGAAAACUGUUCUCAUGCUGAUUUUCUUUUCAAGGGCGACGAUGAUAUUUUUCUCCGACCCGAAAAGUUUGUCAAGAUUUUUGAAGAAAUAGAAGAUGACGAAGCUAUAGGAUGCUGCCAUGCUAGAAGAAUUGAUCUGAAAUCGGAAAAUGCUGGCUACCCCGAAGAUCAAAGCCUUUGCGAAGGAAGCAGAGUUCCAGAGCCAGUUCGUGAUCCGACAUCUAAAUAUUUCAUCCCUCGGCAAUUUGUCAAUAUACGUUCACACACACUCAUUGGACUGGAGUCUGGAGCGAUGCUGAUGCUUGGUGGAUACAACAUUGAGGGAUUUCUGUCAAACGAUUACGAGGGAUCUACCAAAGACAUUUGGCUGCUUAAAGAUAAAAUUUGGACGCAAAUUGGCGUUCUGAACGAGUAUUGUGAAGAUGGCUCAGCAUUGAAGAUUGAUGAUUACAUCUACCUUGUCUCUGGCGGAAUAAAAGAUUCGAAUGGCCUCUACCCAGUUGAACGAAUCAAAAUUGUCAACGACGAAGUCAUCCACACAAAGGUCAUCGGGGGACACGAGUUUCGCAGCGAAGCUCCAGUUAUUUUCGAAGCAUCUGCUAAUUUUUGCGUGUAA